AUGUUACUUAAAGGUCCAGAUUCAACACAAGAACAGGUGCGUGUGCCUAAUGUGAUUGCGUUGGUUGGUUUGCCUGCUCGAGGAAAAACAUAUAUCUCGCACAAAUUGUGCCGAUAUUUGAAUUGGAUUGGAAUUAAAACAAAAGCAUUCAAUGUUGGCGACUAUCGUCGUAAAGCAUGCAGUACAGAAGAUUGCGAAUCACAAUUUUUCAGCCCUUUUAAUAAAGCUGGCAAUAAAAUCAGAGAUGAAUGCGCACGACUAGCAAUGGAAGAUAUGGGAAACUAUUUGACAAGCAAAGAAGGCGAAGUCGCUGUUUUUGAUGCUACCAAUACCACACGUGACCGACGUAAUUGGUUAGUUAGCUUCUGCCACCGCAAAGAUCACGUUCCAGCAUUUCGAUUAUUCUUUAUCGAAAGCAUAUGUGAUGAUCCGGAUAUUAUUAAUGCAAAUGUCACCGAAGUUAAAGUAAAUUCACCUGACUACAAAGGUCACAUGACGGAGGAAGAAGCGAAAGAAGAUUUUACCAAGCGAAUUGAAAAUUACAAACUACAAUAUCAGCCAAUCGAUGACGAAUUAGACGAUGACUUAUCAUUUAUUAAAGUAAUCAAUGCAGGCCGUUCCUUCUUCGUACAUAAUGUAAAUGGUCACGUACAAAGUCGUGUUGUCUACUUCCUCAUGAAUAUUCACCUUUUGCCGAGAUCAAUCUAUUUGACCCGACACGGAGAAAGUGAAUACAAUCGAAUCGGUAGGCUUGGUGGUGAUAGUCCAUUGAGCGCCAACGGCCUAGAAUAUGCAAGAAAGUUACGUGAAUAUUUCAAGGCUGAAAAAAUUCCUGGCGACCUUAGAAUUUGGAGUUCACAAAAGAUUCGUGCAGUGCAGACAGCUCAAGAACUUAGUGAUUUAGCAGCGCAUAUCGAAUUUUUGAAAGUUCUGGACGAAAUCGAUGCUGGUAUCUGUGAGGGCUUAACUUAUGCUGAUUUUGAAGAAAGAUAUCCAAAGCAGUUUGCUGAUCGUGACAGAGAUAAAUACCAUUAUCGUUAUCCAUCGGGAGAGGCAAUUUCAUCUUCUAGUUAUGAAGAUUUAGUUGGUCGAUUAGAACCUGUUAUUAUGGAGUUGGAAAGACAGAGCAAUGUACUUGUUGUAUCUCAUCAGGCUAUCUUACGGUGUAUUCUAGCUUACUUUGACAAUAAAAAUUACUCUGAAUUGCCUUAUUUAAACGUACCUUUACACACAAUAAUCAAACUCACUCCCAAAGCCUACAGUUGUCAGGUUGAAAUGUUCAAAUUUAAAAUUGAUGCUGUAAACACGUAUCGUGGAAAGCCUGACGAUCAUAAGCCUCUCGUAAGUUAA